AUGCGUAUAUCGAUAGGCCGGAUAGGAUGGCAUAUUCUGGCAGUUUUGGUUUCAGUUGUACUUUCUAAUGAGCAUGAUUCCCUUUGCGACGAAAAGAAGGGCGAAAUAUGUGCAGAACCAAUACAUACAGUAAUACGAUUAGCCAAAAGAGACGAUGAAUUGGCUCGACGGAUAGCAGCGGAUCAUGAUAUGCAUGUGAAAGGAGAACCAUUUCUAGACACUCAUUACUUCCUUUAUCACUCGGAAACUACUCGAACACGAAGACAUAAAAGAGCAAUUGUGGAGAGAUUGGAUACGCAUCCAGCGGUUGAAUGGGUUGAAGAGCAGAGGCCAAAGAGAAGAGUGAAAAGAGAUUAUAUUCUUUUGGAUAACGACUCUCGACAUGCUAAUCCGUUCCGUCGUUCCGUUUUGAGUAGAGAUGGAACUAGAAGAUCGCAGAGACAGCAACCACAGUCACCGAGGGAAAUACCAUCACUCCCGUUCCCGGAUCCAUUGUAUAAGGAUCAGUGGUAUUUGCACGGUGGAGCUGUCGGCGGAUACGAUAUGAAUGUUCGUCAAGCUUGGGUUCAAGGAUACGCAGGUCGAAACGUUUCCGUAUCGAUUCUCGACGACGGAAUACAAAGAGAUCACCCGGAUUUGGCAGCGAACUACGAUCCAUUGGCUUCCACUGAUAUCAAUGAUCACGAUGAUGAUCCAACGCCACAGAAUAAUGGAGAUAAUAAACACGGAACACGAUGCGCCGGAGAAGUCGCCGCCAUUGCUGGAAACAAUCAAUGCGGAGUCGGUGUCGCGUACAAAGCGAAAAUAGGCGGAGUCCGAAUGCUCGACGGAGCUGUCUCGGAUUCUGUUGAAGCGGCGUCUCUCUCGUUGAAUCAAGAUCAUAUUGACAUUUAUUCGGCGUCAUGGGGUCCAGAAGACGACGGAAAAACGUUCGACGGACCAGGACCACUUGCCAGAGAAGCGUUCUAUCGAGGAAUCAAGAAUGGAAGAGGCGGAAAAGGAAAUAUAUUCGUAUGGGCCAGUGGAAAUGGAGGAUCGAGACAGGACUCGUGCUCGGCUGAUGGCUAUACGACUUCGGUCUACACACUGUCGAUUUCAUCGGCUACGUAUGAUAACCAUAGACCAUGGUACCUCGAAGAGUGUCCAUCAUCCAUCGCCACCACCUACAGUUCCGCAGACUUCCGUCAACCAGCUAUUGUCACAGUCGACGUUCCUGGAGGGUGUACCGACAAACAUACGGGAACAUCUGCGUCUGCGCCUCUCGCCGCUGGAAUAAUAGCUCUUGCUCUCGAAGCGAAUCCAGAAUUGACAUGGAGAGAUAUGCAACAUCUUGUCCUCCGAACUGCCAACUGGAAGCCACUCGAAAACAAUCCGGGAUGGUCGAGAAAUGGAGUUGGAAGGAUGGUGAGCAACAAGUUUGGAUAUGGACUCAUGGAUGGAGGAGCACUUGUGAAUAUGGCGAAGACGUGGAAGACUGUUCCAGAACAACAUAUAUGUACCUAUGAGUAUAGGCUGGCUAAUCCAAAUCCCCGCCCAAUCGUCGGUCGAUUCCAACUCAACUUCACUCUCGACGUCAACGGAUGUGAAUCCGGAACGCCCGUCCUCUAUCUCGAACACGUUCAAGUCCACGCGACAGUUCGUUAUCUGAAACGAGGAGAUCUCAAACUCACUCUAUUCUCACCGUCCGGCACUCGAUCCGUCCUUCUCCCACCACGUCCACAAGAUUUCAAUGCCAACGGAUUCCACAAAUGGCCAUUCCUUUCAGUCCAACAGUGGGGAGAGGAUCCACGUGGAACUUGGCUUCUCAUGGUUGAAUCGGUGACGACGAAUCCCGCUGCUACUGGUACAUUCCAUGACUGGACCCUCCUCCUCUACGGAACCGCCGACCCCGCCCAACCAGGAGAUCCAGUAUACUCUGCAACACCAGCCACAUCACAAGGUGUACUGUCACGUGUCCAACAACUCACUUCUCAGAAGCGAACGUUCUCGAAACGUCCACAGGCGUUCUCCCGCGUACGCCAAAUGCCGAUACCAUCGGGACCGGCGCAGAGGCAAUGGGUCCCGCAACGACCGCAGCCGCAGUCCGUAUUCCAACAACAACAGCAGCAGCAACAGUCUGCGGCGACAUUUGGCCAAUGGGUAUGGGAUCCAGUGGCCCAGCGAUGGAUCGGAAUGCCCACAAUUCUCGUCGUCGUUCAAUUCGUCGUCAUCGGACUCGUCCUCAGUGUCGUUCUCUACGCGUGUCGUCGUCAACGUGUCCGAGACUCCACGCCGCCCGUUCCAACUGCUCCUGAAGACGUGGCAAUGUCGGCGUUAUCGUCAUCUGGAGAGUCGGAAGACGAGCAGAUGCGAAAAGCGAUUGCGGCGUCGAUAGAGGAGGAGGCGGAGCGAAAAAUGAUUGAGAGAGCGUUGAGAGAUUCAGGAGAACGACAGUAG